GAGAGUGAUGGGCUACUCGCUACCGGUGUGGCCGAUAGAAUGGUACGCCCCUACCGCCUCGUUCCGCACACCUCCCUCCUCCUCCUCUACCCCUCUCUCUCUCUCUCGGACUCAUAAAAUCGGGAGACCUUUUCCUCCCUCCCUCCAUCGUCUCGUCUCGUCUCGUCCUACUCACACUCCACCUCCCCUCUCUCCCUCUCCCUCCCUCCCUCGCCGCGCCGUGCUCCCUCCACUCCAUCCCAUCGCCCCAGGGCGCACACGGGAUCGCGCGCAGAUCUGCGCCCCCAAUCCCACGCGCUCGCUUCCCACUCCCCGCCUCCCCGCGGCGGCCUGGCUGGCUUAAUUUCGCUACCAAUGCGCUCUGGGUAGGGCAUGAGAGGCACUGGCGGCGGCUUGCCGGCGGACCAAUUCACACCCGGAUGGAGCUCAGCGUCGCCGCCGCAGCCGUGGAGCUCGGCAAGCGGGGCCGCCCCGACGACCAGUACCAGGAGCAGGACCAGGACCACGGGGAUGCCAAGCGGCUGGCGCUCGUGCCGUGGCCGCCGCACCAGCAGCACCCCUCCUCGCGGAUCUACCGCGUCUCGCGCGGCUCCGGCGGCAAGGACCGCCACAGCAAGGUCUACACGGCCAAGGGCAUCCGCGACCGCCGCGUCCGCCUCUCCGUCGCCACCGCCAUCCAGUUCUACGACCUGCAGGAUCGCCUUGGCUACGACCAGCCCAGCAAGGCCGUCGAGUGGCUCAUCAAGGCUGCCGCCGCCGCAAUCGACAAGCUCCCCGAGCUCGACGCCGCCGCCUUCCCCAACCACCCGGCCUCAGCCUCAGCGUCAGCCAACAAACAGUCUUCUGCUCUUCACGCGGAGGCCGACGACUCGCAGCCCCAGCAGCUCACCAGAUCGGGCUGCAGCAGCACGUCCGAGACCAGCAAGGGCUCCGUCCUCUCGCUUUCUCGCUCCGACAGCCGCGUCAAGGCUAGGGAGCGCGCGCGCGACCGGAGCGCCUCUGUGAAGGACAAGGACGACUCGGUCACCGCCGCCGUGCACCGCCGGCCCCCCUCGGCGCAGGCGGCUUCCUUCACCGAGCUGCUCACUGGAUUGGCGGCCGCCACCCCAGCUGUUGCUCAGCACAAGCAGCACAACUCGUGGCAGCAGAUGACCGCGUCUGCCACCGCGGACUACCUCGGCUUCGCCCAGCCCCGGAAAUCCGGGCACGGGAUGCUGCACACCUUCGCCUCCCCGGCCCCGCACCUGGGCAACAUUGCGCCCGUCGCCAUGGCCCCGGCGCAGCACUUCAGCUUAUCAGCCGGCGGCGGCGAUUCGCAGACGGAGAUGCCGCACUUCUCCUUCUCGCAAGACCACUACAUGCCCGUCCAUGCGGCGCCAGCGUCGGGUCCGGCAGUAGACUACAGUCUCAACUUCUCCAUGUCCUCGGGUCUUGUGGGUGUCAACAACACUAGGGGGACCCUUCAGUCCAAUUCGCAGCCGCACCUCUCCGGCCACCACCACCACCACCAGCAGCAGCAGCAGCUCCAGAGGCUGUCUACUCCACUGGAUGCUCCGCACAUACCCUUCUUGUUCAGCCCAGCCGUCGCGGUGGCCUCCCCCACCACAGCGGAGAGCCACUUCGGCGCGGCGGCCGCAUUGCAGCUCUGGGAGGGGUUCCGGCACUCCGACAUGAAGGAGAAGGGCAAGAACUGAUCAAUGGCUGUGCGCUUCUUUUGGAUGCUGGAAGUGAAGACGACCAAUCAUCUCCCUAUUUUCCUGUGAGCUCCAUUCAUGGCAAGGGGGAUGAUUCCCUGCGCUCUUAGAAGCAGACCAUCAUUUGGACAUCUACCAUGGUCAUUGAAGAACCUCAUCAUCGUUACUCAGAUGAUCGUGUGCUUUCUUUUUACUCCAUGUUGUUGUAUUAAUCUUGUUUGUGGAGGUGAGGGUUCCUGAGCAAAAGCUUGCUGGAGUGCCCUUGCCAUGCUUUGCAUUCUAGAACUUUGUCAACUGAUGCACGUGCGCCGCCCUGAAUUGGCAGCUCUUUUGACAUUGUUGGGAUGAGUUAUCCCCCGUCAAUUUUUCUUGUUCUCCGUUGUAUGUUGUGUGACUGAACUCAUUGAUCCAAUCUAUAAGAUGAACUAUGUAUGUUGUGUGACCCUC